CCCAACAAUGGCUGACCUUCUAUUCUUUUUUCGCAGACAAAAUUUUCAACUUCAUCUACUAUGCUCACUAGCAAUCAUUGUGGCUGUCGCAGAAUCUUCACCCGCUUGUUCUUUGGACCCUGACCUCGUGAAGCCCUCAACCCCACUUGUCUCCUUCCUCGAACGCGUACAGGAAACCGCUUUAGCCACUGUGGGAAAAUCUAAAUUCGAUCCGAAAACAUACGUGGAUUUGCCCUUGAAGUUCAGCUUGUCGGAGACCGAGGAGGCAUUUGAUAAACUUGCUAGGUCUGCUAAUGGCUCCGUACCAGCCGACGAGUUGAAUGGUUUUAUAGAAAGAUACUUUGAUGGUGCAGGGGACGACGUGGUAUACUACGAACCAGAGGAUUAUGUAGAAGAGCCAGAGGGAUUCCUGCCAAAAGUUGAUGAUCCAGAGGUGAGGGCAUGGGCACUGAAGGUCCAUUCCCUUUGGAAAAACCUGAGUCGCAGAGUGUCGAGUGGGGUCAAAAGCCAUCCCCAUUUGCAUACUCUUCUUCCUCUGCCUGCUUCUUUCAUCAUUCCUGGCUCACGCUUUCACGAGGUUUAUUACUGGGAUUCCUACUGGAUAAUCAGGGGCUUACUGGCUAGCAAAAUGUACAAGACAGCCACGGGAAUCGUCACUAAUCUUAUUUCUUUAAUAGAGGAAUAUGGAUUUGUGCUUAAUGGUGCAAGAGCCUACUACACCAACAGAAGCCAACCUCCCCUUUUAAGUUCUAUGAUUUAUGAGAUUUACAAUAGCACCGAUGAUAUAGAAUUGGUCAAGAGAUCGCUUCCUGCGCUAUUGAAGGAAUAUGAAUUUUGGAAUUCAGACAUACAUAGGGUGACCAUUGUGGAUGUCCAAGGUUGUGCUCACACCUUAAAUCGUUAUUAUGCAAUGUGGAAUAAACCUAGGCCAGAGUCUUCAACAAACGACAAGGCAUUUGCUUCCAAGCUUUUGAAUGUUUCAGAAAAGCAGCACUUUUACCGUGAAGUGGCUUCAGCUGCUGAAUCAGGAUGGGAUUUUAGUACGAGAUGGAUGAGAGAUCCGUCAGAUUUUACCACAUUGGCUACAACAGCAGUAAUACCUGUUGACCUAAAUGCUUAUAUACUUGGGAUGGAACUUAAUAUUGCAUAUUUUGCUAAAGUUACCGGAGAUAAUAGUACUGCUCAGCACUUCCUGCAACUAGCUGAUUCUAGAAAGAAGGCUUUCAACUCUGUUUUUUGGAACACAAACAUGAAACAGUGGCUUGAUUACUGGCUCACAAGUACUACAUGUCAGGAAGCUCAAGUCUGGGAUGCUCGCCAGCAGAAUCACAAUGUGUUUGCUUCCAAUUUUGUCCCAUUGUGGAUGGAACCAUUUUACUCAGACUCUUCAGUUGCGAGUAGCGUUGUUGAAAGCCUCAAAACUAGUGGGCUGCUUCGUGCUGCCGGAAUUGCAACCUCUUUGACGAAUUCUGGCCAACAAUGGGAUUUCCCAAAUGGCUGGCCCCCACUUCAACAUAUGAUGGUACAGGGUCUGAUGAAAUCUGGGUUGAAAGAAGCAGCCUCGUUAGCUGAAGAAAUUGCAAGGAGAUGGAUCACAACCAACUAUAUUGCCUAUAAGAAAUCAGGGCUGAUGCAUGAAAAAUAUAAUGUGGAGCAUUGUGGGAAGUUUGGAGGUGGGGGUGAAUAUGUGCCUCAGACUGGUUUUGGAUGGUCCAACGGAGUGGUGCUUGCUCUCUUGGAGGAUUUUGGAUGGCCUCGAGAUCUUAAUAUUGACUGCUCAGAUUAAAAGUACUGGCAAUGGCAAUUGAAGAUAAGCGCGCAUUAAAGCAGGCUUCAUUGAGUCACUAGAACAUAAGUUAUGUUAAUAAUUAUUUUUUAUUUUAAAGGAAAAUGGAGGCAAUAAGAAGUUUUGAGUGACUCCCUGCCUUCUUCACUUGCCAAUUUUUAUUCCAUUAUAAGUUGUUAUUAUAUCUAAAUUUCUUCUUUCUUUGUUUGGUUAUUGUACAAGGUUUCCACAAUGCAGAGGUUAGUGCAUAAACAAAUUGUAAUCAAAAUAAAAGCAUGCUCUUUCAGUUUGUUUAAAAGUUUACAUUGAUAAAUGAUAUAUGUUAUCAUUCUUCUCA